CCUUCCUGCGAGGAGCUUCGUCUAACCAUGGCAGGCUCAUACUGAGACGUCGGAUCGGCAUAAUGCGACGGGGAGAGAGACGGCUGUCGGCGGCGUGUUUGCAACCAGAACCGGAGAGAAUACGGAGAGCAACGCUGUAAAUGACUGGGAAGGAGAAAACCCGGCCGGCUUUACGUGCGUGCGAAUGAAUGGAGUUCAGGGAGGUUUCUUGUUGAACGCAGGAAGGGGCGCACCUGGGCAAGGCGAGUUUACCUCUACGGAUCGUUUGUGAACGUGGAUGUGAAUUAGUGAACUGGGAAGUGAGGAGGAGAGACAGACGGGACCUCAGAAGGUGAUCAAAGGGGACAACCCUUUUAGCGGAUGGCAAACAGAAGUGCCAUGACAUGUGGCAGGGCAGGAAACGGGCACCUUCUUCGGAAGACAGAGUAGGUGGUGACAGCAAACGACAGCUGAACGUGGAAGGAAAACUGCAGGAACUAAAACAGACAGGAUGGAGACGAAUCAUGUGAGAGCUUGAGAUGUGAGAACAACCUGAGGAACCACGUACAAAGCAGUCGGAAUACAUUAGGAACCAUCUCCUUUCCUGUUUCUAAUCCAAACACAUUUUCUGCUGCCCGUUUUGGCCCCCGGAGGUAUGGAGGGCCAGUGGGCUUGUCAUCGGACACUUCGGGGAAUGUGGCCCCUAGUGUGGUGGGUCUUGCUCUUGGUGUUGUUCACCCCUGGAGGCAGCGGGAGCCAGGCCUUCAACAGCUUCCACCCCGAGAGACAGGAGUGGUCCUUCAACCACCUGACAGUGCACCAGAGCACGGGGCAUGUCUAUGUCGGCGCUGUGAAUAGGGUGUAUAAGCUAUCGCCAAACCUAACACUCCUGGUGUCGCACAACACGGGCCCUGAGGAUGACAAUAAGAACUGCUACCCGCCUCUGAUCGUGCAGCCGUGCUCCGAGCCGCUGGCACCCACCAAUAACGUCAACAAGCUUCUCCUGGUUGAUUACUCCCAGAACCGGCUCCUCGCCUGUGGAAGCCUCUACCAGGGCGUGUGCAAGUUGCUCCGGCUGGAUGACCUCUUUAUCCUGGCAGAGCCUUCUCACAAGAAGGAACACUACCUCUCCAGUGUCAACCGGACGGGGGCCACAUUUGGAGUGAUCGUGCCCUCCCAGAGUGGGGCCGGAACGCUCUUCAUUGGCACUGCAGUGGGUGGCAAACAGGACUACUUCCCGACGGUCUCCAGCCGCAAGCUACCUCGCGACCCCGAGUCCUCAGCCAUGCUGGACUACGAGCUCCACACCGAUUUUGUGUCAUCACUCAUCAAGAUCCCCUCAGACACGCUGGCGCUCGUGCCGCACUUUGACAUCUACUACAUCUACGGAUUCUCUAGCGGCCCCUUCGUUUACUUCCUCACCGUUCAGCCUGAGAUCCCUGAGGGUGGAGCUGCCGCGGCUGCAGGCUCUGCCGGUGACCUUUUCUACACCUCCCGCGUUGUGCGCCUCUGCAAGGGCGACCACAAAUUCCACUCGUAUGUCUCCCUUCCGCUGGGCUGCUUGAGCCACGGCAUUGAGUACCGUCUCCUGCAGGCUGCCUACCUGGCCAAGGCGGGACGCAGACUUGGUGCCACACUUGGAGUGAGCCCUGAGGAUGACGUUCUGUUUGCCGUGUUCUCCAAGGGUCAGAAGCAGUAUCACCGGCCGCCUGAUGACUCGGCCCUUUGCGUCUUCGCCAUCCGGGACAUCAACGCCCACAUCCAGGAACGCCUCCAGUCCUGUUAUCAGGGCGAGGGCAACCUGGAGUUGCACUGGCUGCUGGGCAAGGACGUGCAGUGUACCAAGGCGCCUGUGCCUAUUGACGACUCUUUCUGCGGGCUGGACAUUAACCAGCCCCUGGGAGGCUCAGAGCUGGUGUCCGGCCUGGUGGUGUACACCGAGAGCCACGAGCGCCUCACCGCCGUAGCAGCCUAUGACUACGAUGGCUACAGUGUGGCUUUCCUGGGCACCAGAAAGGGCCGGCUGAAGAAGAUCAGAGUAGACGGGCCUCCCCAUGGAGGAGUCCAGUACGAGACCAUGACCAUCAUCAAGGGGGCUGAGCCGGUCCUGAGCGACAUGGCCUUCUCUCUGGACCACAAGUUCCUCUACGUCACAUCCGAGAGACAGGUGUCACAGGUGCCCAUCGAGUGGUGUGCACAGUACGGGACGUGUGGUGAGUGCCUCAGCUCAGGGGACCCCCACUGCGGCUGGUGCGUCCUGCACAACAUGUGCUCAAGGAAGGAGGCGUGCCCACGAGUGGAGGAGCCCCGCCGCUUCGCCUCCACCCUCGGCCAGUGCGUGACAGCGAGCGUCCGUCCUGACAGCAUCGCUGUAUCCGAGCCCAGCAUCCCGCUCCUGGUGAAAGUUAGUGGAGUCCCGGACCUCUCCGCAGGGGUUACUUGCUCUUUCGGGAACCUGACAGAGGCCCGAGGCCAGAUGAGUGGGGAUCUGAUCACCUGCAUGUCCCCAGGAGCUCAGGAUAUUCCGAUCAUUCCCAAAGACCAAGACUGGUUCAGCGUGGAACUGCGGCUGACCUCCAUGGAAACAGGACAGAUGUUGACGAGCACCGAGAUCAAGUUCUACAACUGCAGCGUGCACCAGCUGUGUAUCUCCUGCGUAAGCAGCGCUUUCCGCUGCCAUUGGUGCAAGUACCGCAACCUCUGUACCCAUGACCCUAGCAGCUGCUCUUUCCAGGAGGGACGUGUCAACUCCUCUAAGGCGUGCCCUCAGGUGGUGCGGUCCGGAGAGUUGCUGAUUCCAGCCGGCGAGGUGCGGCCCAUCACGCUGCGGGCUCAGAACCUGCCGCAGCCCCAGUCGGGCCAGCGCGGGUAUGAGUGCGUUCUCCAAAUCCAGGGGGUGGCUCAUCGCGUGCCCGCCCUGCGCUUCAACAGCUCUAGUGUGCAGUGCCAGAACAGCUCGUACACCUACGAGGGCAUGAAAAUCGGCGACCUGCUGGUGGAUUUCUCCGUGGUGUGGAACGGCAACUUCAUAAUCGACAACCCCGAGAACAUCAGAGUGCACCUGUACAAGUGCACGGCGCAGCGCUACAGCUGCGGUAAAUGCCUGAAGGUGGACAGGAAGUUCCAGUGCGGCUGGUGCAGUGGUGAGGGCCGGUGUACCCUGCGACAUCACUGCCCCGGGCCGCCUUACAGCAGCCGCUGGCUCGACCUGUCCGCCCGGAAUGUCAAGUGCACCAACCCCCGCAUCACAGAGGUGACUCCGGUGGCAGGCCCCCCUGAGGGGGGGACACUAGUGACAAUCCGGGGCAUGAACCUCGGGCUGUCCUUCGCGGAGCUGCUGGGGAACGUGGAGGUGGCAGGGGUGUCCUGCUCCCCCCUGGAGGACGGCUACGUCAUCGCAGAGCAGAUCGUAUGCAAGAUGGAGGCUACCCCACCAGCAACUAUGCCAGGCCCAGUGCAGCUCUGCGUAGGAGAGUGCAGACCUGAACUCAGAGCCCGCUCCUCUCAACUCUAUUCCUUCGUGACACCACAUGUGCUGGGCCUGUUGCCCAGCCGCGGGCCUGAGUCCGGGGCCACAAAGGUCACCAUCACAGGGGAGAAUCUGAGUGCGGGGAGUAACGUCGAAGUGUUGUUCGGGAACCAGACCUGCGAGUUCUACAGGCGGACUGCAGCAGAGAUAGUGUGCUACUCGGCCCCCUCGCUGACUGGUGUGGGCCCAGUGCCGAUCCGAGUUGCCGUGGACCGUGCAUGGGCCAUGGGGAGCCUGGCAUUCGAGUACAUUGAAGACCCCACAGUGCAGCGGGUCGAGCCUGAAUGGAGCAUUGCCAGUGGACACACACCCCUAACUAUCACGGGAACCAACCUGGAUGUGGUGCAGGAGCCGCGGAUGAGGGUCAAGUACGCAGGCCGCGAGUCUGUCAACGUAUGCAAGGUGCUCAACACCACCACUAUAAGCUGCUUUGCUCCCUCCCUGACGGGCGAGUCUCCUCCAGGGCCAGACGCAGUCAAGCCUGUGGAUGAAUUUGGCUUCAUCUUCAACAAUGUGCAGGCGCUGCUCGUCUACAACAGCACCAGCUUUGUCUACUACCCCAACCCCUACUUCGAGCCCCUCAGCGCCUCCGGAGUGCUGGAGCAGAAGCCAGGCUCCCCAAUUAUCCUCAAGGGGAGAAACCUGGUGCCCCCAGCCUCUGGGGGGGCUCGCCUGAACUACACGGUGCUGAUCGGAGAAACGCCCUGUUCCAUCACGGUGUCAGAGACGCAGCUGCUAUGUGAGCCACCCAACCUGACGGGUCAGCACAAAGUCCUGGUGCAGGUGGGCGGCCUCCACGUGUCCCCGGGCGCUGUGCACAUCCUGUCAGAGAGCACGCUCACCAUGCCAGCCAUCGUCAGCAUGGCGGUCGGCGGCGGCCUGCUGCUCGUCAUCGUCGUGCUCGUCCUGGUGGCCUAUAGGCGCAAGUCCCACGAGAAUGACCUCACCCUCAAGCGGUUACAGAUGCAGAUGGACAACCUGGAGUCCCGGGUGGCCCUCGAGUGCAAGGAAGCCUUUGCUGAGCUGCAGACAGAUAUUAAUGAGCUGACCAGCGACCUGGACCGCGCCGGUAUCCCCUACUUGGACUACCGCACGUACGCCAUGCGGGUUCUCUUCCCGGGUAUCGAGGAUCACCCAGUGCUGAGGGAGCUGGAGGUGUCUGGAAAUGGCCAGCUGAGUGUAGAGAAGGCCCUGAAGCUCUUUGGCCAGCUUGUCAACAACAAGGUGUUCCUGCUGACGUUCAUCCGCACUCUGGAAGGCCAGCGCUCCUUCUCCAUGCGUGACCGCGGCAACGUGGCCUCGCUAGUCAUGACGGCCCUGCAGGGCAGGCUGGAGUACGCCACCGACGUGCUCAAGCAGCUGCUCUCCGAUCUCAUCGAGAAGAACCUGGAGAGCAAGAACCACCCUAAGCUUCUGCUGCGGAGGACGGAGUCUGUGGCCGAGAAGAUGCUGACAAAUUGGUUCGCCUUCCUGCUUCACAGGUUCCUGAAGGAAUGCGCCGGUGAGCCUCUCUUCAUGCUCUAUUGCGCCAUCAAGCAGCAGAUGGAGAAGGGCCCCAUCGAUGCCAUCACGGGCGAGGCGCGGUACUCGCUCAGUGAAGACAAACUGAUUCGGCAGCAGAUCGAGUACAAGACCCUGAUCCUCAACUGCGUGAAUCCCGACAACGAGAACAGCCCUGAGAUCCCAGUCAAGGUGCUUAACUGCGACACGGUCACCCAGGUGAAGGAGAAGAUCCUGGAUGCCGUCUACAAGAACAUGCCGUACUCCCUGAGGCCGCGCGCUAUCGACAUGGACCUGGAGUGGCGCCAAGGCCGAGUGGCUCGUGUUGUGCUGCAGGAUGAGGACAUCACCACCAAAAUCGAGAAUGAUUGGAAGAGGCUCAACACCCUCCUGCACUACCAGGUAUCGGACCGCUCCAUGGUUGCCCUGGUCCCCAAGCAGACCUCGUCCUACAACAUUCCCGCCUCGGCGGGUGUGUCUCGCACCAUCAGCCGAUACGAUUCUGCUUUCCGCUACACUUCGGGCAGUCCGGACAGCCUGCGUUCCCGCGCCCCCAUGAUCACGCCUGACCUGGAAAGCGGCGUCAAGGUCUGGCACCUGGUGAAAAACCACGAGCACGGCGACCAGAAAGAGGGCGACCGCGGCAGCAAGAUGGUCUCCGAGAUAUACCUCACCAGACUGCUGGCCACCAAGGGCACCCUGCAGAAGUUUGUGGACGACCUGUUCGAGACCCUCUUCAGCACAGCGCACCGAGGCAGCACCCUCCCGCUCGCUAUCAAGUACAUGUUCGACUUCCUGGACGAGCAGGCCGACAGACACGGCAUCCACGACACGGAUGUGCGUCACACAUGGAAGAGCAACUGCCUGCCUCUCCGUUUCUGGGUAAACGUGAUCAAGAAUCCGCAGUUCGUCUUUGACAUCCACAAGAGCAGCAUCACGGACGCCUGCCUCUCUGUGGUGGCCCAGACCUUCAUGGACUCCUGCUCCACCUCCGAGCACCGACUCGGGAAGGACUCCCCCUCCAACAAGCUGCUGUACGCCAAGGACAUCCCCAACUACAAGAGCUGGGUGGAGAGGUACUAUGCAGAUAUCCACCGUCUGCCGGCAAUCAGCGACCAGGACAUGAACGCCUACCUGGCGGAGCAGGCCCGCCUGCACUCGGCUGAGUUCAACAUGCUGAGCGCGCUCAACGAGAUCUUCUCCUACGUCAGCAAGUACAGCCAGGAGAUCACAGCGGCACUGGAGCAGGAUGAGCAGGCCAGGAAGCAGCGGCUGGCUUACAAGGUGGAGCAGCUGCUGGGUGCCAUGCUUCAGGACAGCUGAGGGUUUGGCGACCUGGCAGCACACACCCCCCC